AUGAAAUUUGUUUUUAUAUUUAUAUUUGCAAUUAUUAUAUCAACAUUUUUUAGUAAAAAUAUAAAAUGCUUUAAUGAUGUAAAUUCAAAUGAGCAAAAAAAUAUACAAGAGCAAAAUGAUAAGGGGGAUAGUAGUACUUCAGCGCAAGGAAACCAAAAUCCUGAUGAAAUAAAUGAAGAGCAUAAUAAAAAAGAGGACAAGCUAAAUGAAGACGAUGACAAACAAUAUACCACCGAAACGGACUUAACACAUGACAACGAUAUAAUGGAUGAGGAAUUAUACGAAUAUGAUAAUAACGAAAUUUUUGAAAAUGACACAGAUUACACAAGGGAUGAUGAAGAAAAAGACGACCCCCUUCACAAUAUUGAACAAAUGGAUAGUGAAGAGAAUAUAAAUAAUAGUCCUAAAAAAGAAGAACAAAACAGUAAUACUGAAAAUGAAGUAAAAAAAAAUCCAAACGAAAAUGGAAAUGAUAAAUAUAAUCAAGAUUUAAUAAAUUUUGAAAAAGAGUUUAGAAAAGUUGACGAAGAUUCAGGUGAUAAUAUUACAAUGGAAGAUAUUGGUUUAAAUUUGAAAAAUGAUGCUGAUAAAAAUAUGAACAAGUCAGAUAAAAAUGAUGACCUAGCUAACCAAAAUGAUGACCAAGCUAGCCAAAAUGAAAAUGCACACAAUAAACAAAACAUAAACGAAAAUAAUGAUUGGAAAGGAAAAGUAUAUGCAAAGGAAAAUAUUCCACAUGAUUACAAAAAUGAAAUGCUACUCGGAAAAGAACAUGAGUCAAUAAAAUAUUUUUUUGAAAUUUUAACUGAAAUAUUUAUUAUAAUAAAAUUAGGUAUUAUGCAUAGAUAUACAAAUUAUUUAAUUCCAUUAAAAAAUAUAAUAAUCCAUAAAAUUUUAAAUAAAAUAGAAUUUAUAUUUACAACUAUAUUAUGGUUACACAAGUUAGGUAGUGAACAUUAUCGAGAUACAUAUGGCUUUAUAUUAAUAAUAUUAUUCAUAUUAGCUUUAAAAUAUAUAAUAAAACAAACAACUUUUAAGUUUAAAAAAAAAAAAGAUGAUGAAAAUGGUGUAUUUAAAAAUAAAAGUAGUGAACAUAUAUAUAUUGAAAAUUUAUUAAAAAGAAUUUUAUAUAAAGUUGAAAGAAAAAGUGGAUUUGAAUUUGAAGAUAAUAAUAAUAUUGAUAUAUUGCAACAUAUUUUAGAAAAUACGGAUAAUUUAUUAGUAAAUAGUAGUAUAAUAAAUAAAGAAAAUAAAACAAUAUAUACUGAUAUGACAUCCAAUAUAAAUAAUAUAGGUGUUUUUACAUAUGUUUCUACACAAGCUUUAAAAAAAAUUAACUAUAAAACGGAUGUUAUAAUUAGUGAAUUAACAGGAGGUAGACCACAUGAUUUAGGGGAUAUUCCAGAUGACAACAAAACAGAUACUUAUCAAAAUUUAUCAAUGAAUGAAUAUGACGAAUAUGAUAUAAAUAAAAUGAAAGAUAAUUUUAUAAAUUAUAAUGAAUAUGAUGAAAAAUAUAUUAACAAUAAAUUAGGGUAUAACAUGAUGGAUAAUCAUAAUGAAUUUCAGGAUCUUGCUGCAAAUUUUGUAAAAAAAAAUAAUGACUAUCCUUUUCCUAAUGCCAAUAAUAAUAUGAUUAGAGUAGAUAACAUGAUAUAUGGUGAACCUGGUGAAGAAGAAGGAAAUGAUCAUAUAGGGGAUCCAGUAACUGGUUUGGAAAACCAUAUAGAUAAAAAUAUUAAUGACAAUAUUGAAGGAAACACUAUUAGAAGAAGUAUAAAUAGUUCGAGUAAAAUUUCUGGAAAUAUUUCCCAUUAUUCAACAGGACAUGUUGGAAUGUAUGGCGUAAUCCCUAAUGGCAAAAAUAAUAAUACAAAUGAUUUUGAAGAAAAUGAUAUUCAUUCUUUUCAUUUGAAAAAAACGGAAGAAGAGAAUCCCAAUUCACCAUAUAUGAGUCCCUAUUUAAAAGGAAAUCAAAAAACAGAUUUAAUAGAAAGUAACAUAAAUAAUUCAAUGUUAAAUCAAAACGAUAAAACACAUAAUACUAAUGGAAUUAAUAAUUUAGGAAAUCCAAAUGAAGAAAUGGAUAAUAUUAGUUCACCUCCAUAUCGAUAUAACCAAAACAUUAAUAAUAAUAUAAGAGAUUCAAAAGAACAUAUAAAUAAUUAUCCUCCUAAUUUUAUGCAUAAUAAAAAACCAUCAAUUCCUUUGAAUGAAAAUAAUUCAAUUCAUGACAGUAUUCAAGAAAAUUAUAAUUAUCAUAUUCAGGGUGGAGAAUCCAGUAGAGGCCCAAUAGUACCUGACAUGAAUAAUGAAGAAAUAAUGACAAGUCCCAAUAUAAUUAGUAACUACGAAAACCGAUCAGAUUUACCUGUCCAGCCACCAGAUUUGGUGAAUAAUUUAUCAAACAAUAGUACCUCUUUUUUGAAUGAACGAGAAAAUGGAAUAACAAAUUUAGAAAAUGAUAGUUUUAUGAAUAAACAAAAUACUGUUCCUAACCUUGCACCACCCCCCUUUUCUUAUGUGACUCCACCACAGCAAUGUACUGAAAAUAUAUCAGCACGGACUAGCAAAUACCUAACUCAAAGAAAGGAACGACAACAAAUAGUUGCGACAAAAUCUCCUUUUAAUUAA